ACCUGGAUCAGUAUGACAUGGUUACUAAAAGUGAGUGAGUCCGUAGGGGGUGCCAAUACUUUUGCCUCACUCGUGGUUUGGGUGUUUUUUUUUGGUUUUCCCCCUCUCUAUUAAUAUAUUACGCAGGGUGCUAAUAAUUAUGGACGGCUUUGUGUGUACAUAUCUCCACAUCUUGGCAUUCUCUACCUCAAUUCCAACAUGCAUCCAGUACAUAGGGCCCACUACGACGGUCCCUUAAGGUACCGUUUGAGACCCUGUUUACGCUAGGAGGGUUUGCGAUUGAUUUGGGAUCUGGCCGAGUGAUCCCUAAUCCCUAAAUCCUCGCUUAUGGGAAAACUCUGCGAAGGGCUCGAGCGGCUCCGUCUCAUUCGUCGCUCGCCAUGCAGCGGAGGGAGCAUCGCUAUAAGGUCCUGGUGAUCGGAGACCUCGGCGUCGGGAAGACGAGCAUCAUCAAGCGCUACGUGCACCAGCACUUCUCCGCUAACUACAGGGCCACCAUCGGAGUGGACUUCGCCCUCAAAGUGCUCAACCUGGAUCAGGACACGAUCCGGCUGCAGCUGUGGGACAUUGCAGGUGAGAUUUUACACACACACACACACUUAUUAUAAAUAAACACUUGACUCUUGAAGAUAUCUGAUGGUUUAAGCUUAUCAAUAGGUUUGAACUGAUGUGGAUUGUUUUUUAAAAGAAAAGAUUUCCACUCACGUGGUACCCGUCGCAGCAUGUGACUCUAAUUCCCCCAAAUCUCACGUCAGACAAAGCCAGAAGUUCCUGCGUGUGAUGCUCACGUGAGAGAGAUUUCUCAUGCACAGUGCAAAACAGCAGGUUUGGGCUGUGUUCCAAAUGUUUAGCUCGUUAUCUUCUUGUUCCAUUCGGCUCUAUCUGUGGCUGAACCUCCGAGCAAAAGGCAGCCAGGUUUUGGGGUGGUGGGUUAAAAAACAAAACAUGAUGGUCACGUGACAAAGAUUUCUCAUGAGAAGAAAAAAAAACCCUCCCAAGAACAGGUUUGGUUCCAAACUCAACAAUCCAGGACUAGUUGGCGUUCUCUGGAGAACAUCUUCAGUUUAAGGAUAUAGUGGUUUAAUUGAAAAUAUUCUGAAAAUUAGCAGUGACUCGGUUUAUGCUAGCUGCUAAUCAGUGAAGUAGCGAACUAGCUAGCAGGCCACGUUCCACUUUUCUAGUGGCUUUCUACGGGACAUUACGCUAUUUAAGGGCCCAGUCUCCCGCGCUCUGUCUCUCUCCGCAGGUCAGGAACGUUUCGGAAACAUGACGCGUGUGUAUUACCGUGACGCCCUCGGCGCCUUCGUGGUUUUCGACGUGGCGCGGUCGUGCACGUUCGAGGCGGUGAGGAAGUGGAAGGAGGAUCUAGACGACAAGGUGAGCGCGUCGGGCGGGAAACGGGUCGCCGCCGUGCUGCUCGCAAACAAAUGCGACCAGGACAGAGACGACGCCUUCGCCAAAAACUACGGGCGAAUGGAGCAGUUCUGCCGAGAGCACGGCUUCAUCAGCUGGUUCGAGACGUCAGCCAAGGUACCGAGUCUGAACGCGGGUGAGACGACAUGAUCGUGAGUGGUGCAGUCUGUCGUCAUAGUAACGGCCUGCAACUUAGAACUGCAACCCGUUCUCACCUGUGUGCAUUACUAACGCUUAUUUCUUUCUAUUUAAAAAAAGAUAUUUAUUUAUUUUGUUUUUUACUCUUUCUUCUUUCUUUUUAAAAUCACUUUUUUGAUUAUUUGAUUUUUUACUGUUUAUUUUGUUUGUUUUUUCUUUUUUAACUUUUUAAUAAUUUAAUUAUGUAUUUUUUUGUGCGAUUUCGUUUCAUUUUGUGUUUAUUUCUUUCGGUCAGUUCUUUGCCUCGUUUCCCCCACCUUUUUAAUUUUUUCUUUCUUUCUCUUAAUUUUAGUCUUAUUUGCCUUUUUUCCACUUAUUUGUAAAACAAAAAAAAAAUUAAAUAAAUUAUUUUUUACUUUUUUCAUUUUUUAAAACUUUUUUUUUACAAUUAUUUAUUUUGGUCUUUUUUUUAUUAUUUGCCCUGCCUUCUUUCUUUCUUUUUCUUUUCUUUUUCUUAUUUCUCUUUCAUUCAAAAAUUUUUAAUUCUCUGAAAAUUUAUUUUUCUUUCUAAAUUUGAUUUUACUUUUUAAAAUACAUUUUCAUUUCUUACUUUAUUUUAUAUUUAAGUUUUUACUUUACCUUUCUUCUUUGUUUAUAAAAAACUUAAGAUCAUUUUAUUUUGUUUCUGUUUAUUUUCUUAUUUCAUUACACAUUCCUUCUCUCUCUUCAUCUCUUCUCUCUCUCUCUCUCUCUCUCUUGCUUCCUGCUGAGUCACCAAGUAAUGAAUAUGCAGAUGAAGCAAGUCAUGAAUAUUCAUUAGCAUAUCAAUCACACUCCCUGGUUGUGAAACUGGGUGUGAAGAUUCUCUCUGUCCCCUCCGUCCAACCCAAUCCCCCCCCCCCCCUCUUUAGGAGAACAUUAAUAUAGAUGAAGCUGUUACCUGUCUAGUGAGACACAUCAUGGCCAGUGAGACAGAACUGCUCCAGACGGACGGCAUGAACAUCUCCCCUAAACUGGAUUCGGGACGCAGCCCGUCCUGCUCUGCCUGCUUGAGGCCCUAAGUCACUCUAUCCUCACUUCACCAACACCCUUCAUCCCUUGAAAUACUCCUCGUCCCACCUCACACACACACUAUUAUAUACAGCCGUGUGUGUGUGUGUGUGUGUGUGUGUGUGUAUACAGUCGCCAUGUGUUAUAAAAAAAGCAACUGUGCAUUCGUAUCCAUAGCAACUGACUUGAAACACUUCACACAUCAGCAACCUUAUAGAGCAACCUGAACAUCUCUCUCUCUCUCUCUCUCUCUCUCUCUC